AGUCCCUGCGUGCGCCGGGUGCGGGCAGGUUCUGAGCGGGGUCAGGUAGGACUGGAGAAGCCGGUGAAGCUGAGAGAGGAGCAGGCAUGUCUGGGAAAGUGAAGGUCCGAGCUGCGGCCAAUGCAGAGGCCAUGUCCGGGGCCGUGUCCGUCAACGAGCGGAUCCUGCGGGACUGCCACGCGCUGUAUACCGACCCCGAGAGCGGUCUCAUCGCUCUCGCAUCCCACCUGGGCCUCUCUUUUCUCCCUCCUCGCAAGAAGAUUACGGUGAUGUUAAUGGGGAAUCACUCGGCCGGGAAGAGCAGCUUCAUUAACUGGUAUAUAGAGGAACACAUUCAGCGGACGGGAGUGGCGAUAGAGACGCAGGGAUUCACUUUUAUAACCAGCGGCCGCAAGAGGGAGUCUCUGACCGGUGAUGCGACGUUACAUCUCUAUCCUCACUUCAAGCCCCUGCAGUCUUUUCAAGGGGUGUCGGAGUAUCUCUGCACGGAGAUCUCCACGUCGCGCCAGAAGAAGUUCAGCCUGGUGACAUUCGUUGAUACCCCGGGGCUGGUGGACGGUGACAUGAAAUACCCGUUUGACGUGAACAGAGCCCUCUUGUGGCUAGGGGAGCUCUGUGACCUGGUGCUGGUUUUCUUUGAUCCGAUGGGCCAGGCUCUCUGUAAACGAACUCUGGACAUCGUGGAGAAAAUUAACGAGAAGCACGGCGACAAACUGCGUUUCUACCUGACCAAAGCGGACGAUGCCGGGGGGGAGAGCGACCGGCAGAGGGUGCUGAUGCAGAUCGUUCAGGAGCUCUGCAAGAGACCCGGCCUCAACAAGUGCGGCUUUGACAUGCCGACCAUCUACAUCCCCAACCCCAACAAGCCGAGUCGCUGCGUCAACCAAAUCGAGGAGGUUUGUAAAACCGUCGAGAAAACAAUCACCCAGACGGUGCAGAACACGCUGAACGCGCUCGGCAAAGACUGCCAGAAACUGACGGAGAGCAUCGAGGCGGCCCUGCGCCAGGAUGACGAGACCGUCCGCAGUAACAGACAGGCCCGUGCCCGAGGCUGUCUCUUUGGGCUCGGAGGUCUCCUGCUCCCCGUCUUCCUCUUGGUCUCCGCUUUGUUUGGGUUUAUCCCACCCGAGUUCUGGAACGCGCUUCUGGGGAAGGACGGGGCCGAGACCCUGGAGCUCUACCUGGCGCCCCUCCACACGAUAUGGUCGCUGUUCCCCGAGGAUUACGUCGGAUACGUCUUCCUGUUCCUGGGAACUUUAGCUCUGCUGCUUCUUUUCCUGGCGCAGCGAUGUUUCAGGACUCAACCCACGCUCAACAAGAAGCAGCGCCGCUACCUGCAGGACCGCCGCACCCACGUCAUCGAGGUGGUGGAGCAGAAAAAGAAACUUCUGUAUGAAGAGUACCUGAAGCAGAGCGUGGCUGAGCAUGACAUGAGUUGACUCCCCAACCCCUAGGAUUCUUGAAGUGAACCUCUAUGGAACAGAAGGAGCCCACAAAGGGCCCAGUAACCAGACUUUAUUUUAACCCCUGCCGAUGCUCCAGUGACACUGACACACAGUGUUGCCUCACAGGUUUUGAGGGCUGUUACAGUUCUGCUCUACUUCUGCCCCCUUUUGCCACAU